AGCCGUCCGACUUCGGAGAAAGUAGUGACUAGUGAGUCCAGCGACCGACUCUAAUCUCAAUUCUCUGGUCAUUCUGAAACACAAGGUCACGGUGAUAAACGAUUCGUGUGAGACGAAGCGAGAGGGACACACGGGUUGUAGAGGUUUCGGGGAUUUGAAGCUUAGAACAAGUGGGUGGAGAGAGAGAGAGAGAGCUGCAAACAUGGCUACAUCUCUGCAAGUAUCAUCCAUUUCACCUUCUUCGUCUUCGGUUUUCAGAAGAGGGAGCGGAAAGAGUUUUUGCAGCAUUAAUAGUAGAAGUGCUGCUACGAUUCCGAUGCCUCCUUUGAACCCUAAGGAUCCUUUUCUGAAGAAACUGGCGUCAGUUGCUGCGUCUUCCCCAGAUUCUCUACUUUCUCGACCUUCGGAUUCUGAUACUCCUCCAUUCCUCGACGUUUUUUAUUCUCCCAAGCUCAUGGCAACUCCCGCUCAAGUGGAACGAUCUGUUUCCUACAACGAACACAGGCCAAGGAAGCCUCCACCAGAUUUGCCAUCCUUGCUUCUUAAUGGGAGGAUUGUUUACAUUGGCAUGCCUUUGGUGCCAGCUGUCACGGAGCUUGUGAUUGCGGAGCUGCUUUAUCUGCAAUAUAUGGAUCCCAAAGAACCAAUUUAUCUUUAUAUAAAUUCUACUGGCACAACACGUGAUGAUGGUGAAACAGUUGGGAUGGAGUCAGAGGGUUUUGCAAUAUAUGAUGCAAUGAUGCAGUUGAAAAAUGAAAUACAAACAGUUGCUGUCGGAGCUGCCAUUGGUCAGGCUUGUCUACUACUUGCUGCUGGAAAGAAGGGUAGACGGUUCAUGAUGCCACAUGCCAAAGCCAUGAUUCAGCAGCCUCGUGUCCCAUCAUCUGGUUUAAUGCCAGCAAGUGAUGUUCUUAUCCGUGCAAAAGAGAUCGUAACUAAUAGGGACACACUUGUUGAGCUUUUGUCGAAGCACACUGGAAAUUCUCUUGAGAAUGUAGCAGAAGUGAUGAAGAGGCCAUUUUAUAUGGAUUCCACAAGGGCUAAAGAGUUUGGUGUCAUUGACAAGAUUCUUUGGCGUGGUCAAGAGAAGAUAAUGGCUGAUGCUGCCUCACCGGAGGAAUGGGACAGGAUAGCUGGCGUUAAGGUCAUUGAUGGGAUGUAAAACUGUCUGAUAAAUAUCUGUCCAAUGCCUUUGUAAGUAAUCCUCCAACCCCCCGCCCCCGGGGGUGGUGGGGGUUCUCUUUUAACUCAAAUUUUGGAGGCCCUGAAUUGUUGCUGCAUGUAAAAGUUGUUUCAUAACAAGUUCUCCAAAAAAAUUGCACCCCGCUAUCUUUGUAUAACAACUAGGCCAAAGCAUUUAGAAUGGAGAGUUACAGAAAAUUCCAUUA